GGCGCAAAGGGGGUGCUUGCGAGAACCCUCGCAAGCUCUAAAAUCACAAAUGGGACACACUACCGUACUCGUAGACUUAACAACACGCGCAAAUGAAGGCCACGAGACCGCAAGUCCACAUGAAGUGCGCCAUUUGGAACAGGGUCUAUAUAACACGCACGCACGCACGCACACACACACACACACACCUACCUGAGCGAUCACCUUUACCUGUUUGACCACAGCUUUUCAAAUAUGGGAAACUUCUUGGCUCUUUUCUCUCAUCUUUUCGAGAAAAAACAAAUUAGGUUGUUAAUGGUUGGUCUGGAUGCAGCAGGAAAGACCACAAUCCUCUACAAACUCAAACUGGGGGAAGUUGUCACAACAAUUCCAACUAUUGGUUUUAAUGUUGAGACAGUUGAUUGCAAAAACAUCUCCUUUACUAUUUGGGAUGUCAAUGGUCAAACCAAAAUUAGAGCCCUUUGGAAACACUACUAUCACACGGCAAAGGGUCUGAUCUUUGUAGUGGACAGCAGUGACCGUGAAAGGAUUGAAACAGCUGCAGAAGAACUCAGUAUGAUGCUGCAGGAGGAUGAGAUGAGAGAUGCAGUUUUGUUAGUUCUUGCUAAUAAGCAGGAUUUACCCAAAGCCAUGCCAGUCCAUGAGCUGACAGAGAGACUGGGUUUACACGCACUCAGAUCAAGACAGUGGUAUGUUCAGGCGACGUGUGCGGUUCAAGGGUCAGGUUUAUAUGAAGGACUGGAUUGGCUCUCUGAUCAGCUGUCCAAACGAUAAAAAACACUUUUUUGUUUUGGCCUGAAGUGCACUUGAAGAAAACACACAAACAGAAUUUUUAUAUAUACAUGUACAGUCUCCAACUGUAUUUUUAUUAUGAGAUAUUUAAGAUCUCUUUUUGUUAAUAGUACUGUAUAAUUUGUAUUGUUAAUUACUAUUAUUAUUUUUUUCACAAUGUUUGGCCUAUUUUAGGUCUUAUUCUGUGGUGUGAGGAUGUCAAAAGAAAAAGCAUAUGUUUGCCUGAAAUAUGUAUCUGUGCCUUUCAAAUAGCUCUAAUA